AACGUCCUCAUUUAUUUCAUUUCAUUUCAUUUUCACCCACUCCCAAGUUCCCAACCUCAGAUUACUAGUCUCUAAUGGCGGCCUAUGUCCAGAACCGGCAGUUUGGACCGGGUCUAACCGGCAUCAGCUCCUACAAUUCCGGUUCAAGCCACCGGUCUAACUCUCCGGGUCGGGGCUGCAACUUCCCUCCAAUUCUGGAGCUGACCCGCCAGAAAAAACCAGUUGUGUUCGAUGACUCUUCCAGCGAAGACGAGAGCGGAAAUGAUUACAGGGACAUCAUCGGAAAAGGGAACGGUGAAUUGGAGCCGUCCGUUUUGGACCCGAGAGACGAGGGAACGGCGGAUUGCUGGAUUGACCGCAACCCGUCCCUGAUCCGACUCACUGGGAGGCACCCGUUCAACUCGGAGCCACCGUUGGCCCGGCUCAUGCACCACGGGUUCAUCACCCCGGUCCCGCUCCACUACGUCCGGAACCACGGAUAUGUUCCGAAGGGCACCUGGGAGGACUGGACGGUGGAGGUGACCGGCCUAAUCAAGCGACCCGCCCGGUUCACCAUGGACCAGCUCGUCAACGACUUUCCGACCCGGGAGCUCCCGGUCACACUCGUGUGCGCCGGAAACCGCCGCAAGGAGCAGAACGUGGUCAAGCAGAGCAUAGGCUUCAAUUGGGGUGCUGCCGCGGUGUCCACGUCGGUUUGGCGCGGUGUCCCUCUACGAUACAUCCUCAAGAAGUGCGGAAUUUAUAGUCGCCGGAAUGGUGCCCUCAACGUCUGUUUCGAAGGCGCCGAAGAUCUUCCGGGCGGUGGAGGAUCUAAGUACGGCACGAGCCUUAGAAAGGAGGUGGCGAUGGAUCCGUCACGAGACAUUAUAUUAGCCUACAUGCAGAACGGAGAGCUUCUAUCACCGGACCACGGCUUCCCGAUAAGAAUAAUCAUACCGGGAUUUAUUGGCGGUCGCAUGGUGAAGUGGCUCAAGCGUAUCAUCGUAACUACUCAAGAAUCUGACAGUUACUAUCAUUUUAGGGACAAUAGAGUCCUUCCAUCCCAUGUGGAUGAAGAGUUAGCUAACGUUGAAGGUUGGUGGUAUAAGCCGGAGUACAUCAUCAACGAGCUUAAUAUUAAUUCAGUGAUCACAACACCUUCUCAUGAAGAGAUAUUGCCGAUCAACUCAUUCACAACUCAGAUGCCUUACACGUUGAGGGGAUAUGCUUAUUCCGGUGGUGGAAAGAAAGUGACACGUGUGGAGGUGACAAUGGACGGUGGGGACACGUGGCAGGUGUGCACGUUGGACCUCCAAGAGACACCCAACAGGUACGGCAAGCACUGGUGCUGGUGCUUCUGGUCCGUGGAGUUGGAGGUGCUGGACCUCCUCAGUGCCACCAAAGAGAUCGCGGUCCGAGCCUGGGACGAGUCCCUCAGCACACAACCCCAAACCCUAAUUUGGAAUCUCAUGGUACGUGGUAUGAUGAACAAUUGCUGGUUCAGAGUGAAGGUAAAUGUGUGCAGAGGGGACCAGGGCGAGAUCGGAAUUGUGUUCGAGCACCCGACUCAGCCCGGAAAUGAUUCCGGCGGGUGGAUGGCUCGGGAGAGGCAACUCCGGCUAUCAGCAGAAAUGAACCAAUCAGUGAGGAAGUCUCUCUCCACACCUUUCAUGAUCACGUCCUCAAGGAAAUACUCAAUGACAGACGUGGCGAAGCACAAUUCCGCUGAUUCGGCCUGGAUUAUCGUCUACGGCCACGUCUAUGAUGCCACCGGGUUCCUUAAAGACCACCCGGGAGGUGCAGACAGUAUCCUCAUCAAUGCGGGUACCGACUGCACAGAAGACUUUGAUGUCUUUCACUCUGAUGGAGCCAAGAAGCUCCUCGAGCAGUUCCGGGUCGGUGAGUUGAUGAGCACCUGUGACACCUCCUCCUCCGACUCAACCAACUCCUCUCCGAAUAACUCCGUCCAUGGCGCCUCCCACCUCGCUUCGAUCAAAGAAGUCGCUCCGGCACGAAGCGUGGCACUCGUGCCACGUCAAAAAAUCAAAUGCAAGCUGAUUUCGAAGAGGUCGAUAUCACAUGGUGUUCAGCUAUUCAGAUUCGGAUUGCCCUCUGAAGAGCUGAUGCUAGGGUUGCCGGUAGGCAAAUACAUAUUUUUGUUUGCUGAAAUCAAUGAUAAGCUCUGCAUACGAGCUUACACACCAACGAGCCCAAUUGAUGAGGUCGGCAACUUCAAUCUGUUAGUGAAGAUAUAUCCAAAGGGUGUGAAUUCAAAAUUCCCAAAUGGCGGUGUCAUGACGCAAUACUUGGACUCGCUGCCACUCGAGUCUGUAAUCGAGGUGAAAGGUCCGCUAGGCCACAUAGAGUACACCAGCAGAGGCAACUUCACGGCACAUGGAAAGCACAAGUUUGCUCGGAGAUUGGCAAUGGUCGCCGGAGGGACUGGAAUCACGCCCAUCUAUCAGGUCACUCAAGCCAUUUUGAACGACCCUGAUGAUCAUACAGAGAUGUGGUUGGUGUAUGCUAAUCGCACCGAAGACGAUAUCUUGCUCAGGGAUGAGCUCGAUAGAUGGGCUGAGGAGCAUAGUGAUAGAUUGAAGGUUUGGUAUGUCGUCGAAAAGUCCAUCAGAGGACGAUGGGCUUACAGUGUUGGGAUGAUCAGUGAGAGUGUUUUGAAGGAUCAUGUCCCUGGAGCUUCAAAGGACACUCUGGCUUUGGCUUGUGGACCGCCACUAAUGAUUCAGUUUGGUGUGCAGCCUAACUUGGAGAAAUUGGGAUAUGAUGUGAAGGAUUCGUUGUUGGUGUUUUGAACAAGGAACAAAAUGGGUUAUUUUGUAGAUAAUAAAGAUUUUGUAUAUAGAUUAGUUCUUGUACUUCGCUUGGCAUGUCUUGUACUGUCUUCUACCAGCAAUGUAAACUCUGUGUUUUUUGAGAUUCAAAAGA